AUGGGCUUGCCCCAGAUACCGCCAAAUGAAACUUCUGAAAAGGUUGCCCAUGUGGGGGCAGCUUUAAAUAGUUCACCCCAGUUUUCUGAUGCAAGCCCCUCUGCAAUGAGCAGCAUGAACACUGUUAACACUGGUGGGUUGGCUGCACGUACUCUAGGAUCUUCUUUUGAUGAUUUCCCGAAGAAUGACUCGUUAGAAACUUCAAAUGUUUCUGAUAAUAUGUUUUACAGAGGAGCCAUGGAAGUUGCCUCAAAUGUCCACAGUUUGAAGAUUGGUUCAACAGAUAGAAGUACUCCUUUUGCUUUGAAGAGUGGACGCAAUGUUCAUAUUCCUGCUUCAAGGGUUGUUGGUUUUGAAUCAGGCAGAAGUAAUACAUCAACUGAUGGUUUGGCUGGUGUUCCAGCUGCAAAUCUUCAUUCUUCUGUGUUUACUAAUUUCCCAGCCAAUGACACUGAAUCUGCCAGUUCAUUGGUCAGGAAGCGACUUUUAUCUCCAUUGAGCAGUAUGCUCUCCCCAAGUCAUUUUAAAGGUGAUUCUCUUGACAUUGGCUGCAGAAAUAAUGAGACCGGCUCCCGUGUUAAGAACGAUAAUGUUAGUAAUUCCAUUGCACAAGAUAAUAAGAAGGCAAAUAUUGGAAGCAAAAGCAGUACAAUAUCUUCUUGGUCCUUGAGAAGUUGCUUUGAGCAGAAAAGUGAGCUACACAUUACAGAAUCCUUUUUCAAAACUGAUGGUCCUUUGAACGAAAAUAGGGGACUACUAUCUCAUUGUAGUUCACCCACUGCAGGAAUCGACCACUUUAGUGAACUGAGUCAGGUUAACCCUCAAAGUGGCAUAAAAUCUGUAUCUCCUAAAAGCAUGAGCUCUCCUCUUUCCAUGUCACCUCUUGGUCCUAAAUUUUCUGACAGAAUAAAAGCUAUUGGAGGAUGUAGGAAUGUUGUUGAAGAGAUAAAUAAUUGCAAUAUAACUUCAAGGGGUAUAGAACAAUCACUUGACAAUUCUAACUCAUGCCUUAUGUUAAAUCAUAAGGAUGAUGAUUCUGGAGUUGCAAGUAAAUCCUUUGAUGAUGUUGAAUUCUUAUGCAAAGAUUUCUGUCCAUCAUCUCUGGAUGAAAUUACUGACAUGAGUUGGUCACUAUCUCGAGAAUCAGGUCCCACCUCUCACUCCAUGAGAUUCACUAGAAGUUUAAGUGGGCUUUCAGUGAGGAGGUCUUUGGUUGGUUCAUUUGAGGAGUCUCUUUUAUCUGGACGAUUCUUAUCUGGAAACAGUAGUAAGAAAAUCGAUGGUUUUCUUGCUGUGCUAAGCAUUACUGGGGGAAACUUUUCUCCUAAAUCACAGAAGCUUCCAUUUUCUGUUACUAGCGUGGAUGGAGAUUGCUAUUUGCUAUAUUAUGCAUCAAUAGAUCUUGCAGGAAAUUCCUCUUCAAACAAGUUUGGAGGCCAAUAUCUGAAACGAGGGCUUAGAAGUGAUGAUUCACAAAUUGUAAAAAGUCGAUUGCGGAUACCAGUGAAGGGACGCAUUCAAUUGGUGCUAAGCAAUCCAGAAAAGACUCCUCUUCACACUUUCUUUUGCAACUAUGAUUUGAGUGACAUGCCAGUUGGUACCAAAACAUUCUUGCGCCAGAAAGUCACCCUUGAAUCUUCCGGGUCCACCUCCCCUCAGUUGAAACAAAGAUCACCUGGUUUUAGAAUUGGAAUUGAUAGGGGGAUUACACCAAUGCAAAAGAAUCAUUACAUUUCAUGUGAUAGAGAAGUAAUGCAUACAGAUGCAGUUAAUGUUGUAAAUAAAACAAAAUCUACAAAUCAGGGAAAUGGAAAGGGCUCUAGCUUGAUGAAUUUAAUAAACAAAGAGGAUUCUUCAAAUACAAAAAUGCUGGGAGUCCCUUCUGCAUCAAAACUUGACUGUGAAUGUAUUGCUGAUAAAUCUGAGAUGGAUGAAAGAAAGAAUUGUUGGGAUAAAACAUGUGAUGGAUCAAGGAAAUUACCAAAUUCCUGUUCAAAGGUGAAGGACAAUUCUAGUAGUGGGGGUCCACUUCGCUAUGCUCUCCACCUACGCUUUAUUUGCCCUUUUCCUAAGAAGACCAAUAGAUCAGCUCAAAAAAGCAGACAUAAUUCUCUUCAAGAAAAAUCUGGUGGAUUAAACAUGGAAGGGGAACGAAGAUUCUACUUAUGCAAUGAUUUGAGGGUUGUGUUCCCUCAACGUCAUUCAGAUGCUGAUGAGGGCAAGUUGAACGUGGAAUACCAUUUCCCUGAAGAUCCAAGAUACUUUGACAUCAACUGA